AUGUUCCCCCAUUCCCCCGUUCCUCCGCUCUCCCGACUCCCUGCGCAUCGGUCGGCUUUCCCACACAUCGGAACUGAUCCCCGCACUCUCGCAUCUGUUCCCUCCAUUCCGCUCUGCUUCAGACUUCAUCCAAGCAGCUCCUUCUGCUCCGCUUCUACUUCCGUCGGUCCUCCUUCAGAGGACCCCCAUUCUGACAUCCUAUCAGAACCCAUAGAAUUUGUGUUGGACUACAUUCCGAAAUUAGGGGCACGUACUCGGGUAAGGGGCGCAGCGUACGAGCUGAAGCCAAGCCCCUCAGACUCCGCUUUACCCCUGAGCACAGUCUUAACAGGCAUUUUUUCUUUAUCCAUUCCUGGUGAUACAAUGAUCAAUCAUUCAAAUAGACAUCUUCUGUCCCUGACCCGCAAGCCGAAACCGGACAUCACCUGCGGCGAGUCAAGCUAUCAAUCAUUGCAACCGGGUUUAUCACUCUGCGAAAUGGGCGGACACUUUGGAUUUCAAACGCCUCAAGGCAGCCCACCAAUCAUGCCACCUGGAACAGAGCCAGAUCUGCAAGCGCUUAACAAUUCUUAUGUAGCGAUCAUGAUGGCCAAGAAAGACGCUAAGUAUCGUGCCUGCAGCGCUGUUCAAAGCCUUGCUGGAGGCCAUCAGUCUUCUUCUAAAGAUUCGGAUACUUCAGGCUCUGGUGAAAGUAGUGUGGGUGGCGAAGACGACGACUAUUCUACUGACAGUGAUAACACUGGUGAAAGGGAGUUUGGUUGGGCUGAGGUUGGCCAGCGCCAUCAUGUACACCCAGGUUUUUCUCAGGAACCAGAACCUUCCCCAGUCCAUGUUACUUCCACUUUUGCUCCCAACUUUGACUUUCAAUACUCCUGUGACAAAGAUGACAUGAAUGCUGAGCAAACAUUAGCUUUUGACAAAUCAUUGAGUAAUGAGAUUGCCUCGGAGGGCUCUGUCUCUGAGGCCCUUUUAGCUGUUCUUUACCAGUGGGAUACAGCCAGUAAACAAUUUGAACCUGAUUAUUGGCCUAUUCACAAGCCUGAUAUGGCAAAACUCUUAUAUGAAGAUCUCUCGACUUGGCGCUCUGAGCUCAAGAAGAAUGUUGCUGUGAUUGCCUCAAUCAUGCCUGGCCUUGUCCCCCCAUCAAAUAUCCCACCUCAAGAACAUGCUUUGUGGGUGGAAGGUGUGGCUACUGAGUUAAAGGCGGGCUCAAAGUUUCUACACAACGGUAUGGACGAACAGUUUGUUUGCAUUCUCGACAGCCUCGCAAAAAAUGGGAAUGGAAAAUCAUUCCCAAAAUUCACCACCAAGGAAUAUUGCCCAACCUACACAUCUGUGCUAAAGUCGCUCCAAAACAUCAUGGAACAUCCUUAUCAUGGUCCCAAGUUGGUCGAGCAGCUCCAAUCAUGGGCUGAGGCUGGAUGGCAAGGAUAUGCUCUCGUUUCUAACAUGUCUAGCAUGCUAACUGUAUUCAUGUAG